CUCACCUUUUCCGCAAAGCUCACUUUAGUAUUGACUUCCCUCUUUAAUCACUCAAUGUUUUUAACUGACAUUUCUUCGUCAAAUGAGGGGCGUCUAUCUGUAUUUAGCUGUUACAGCGACCGUUUUCGCGCUCCUUUCUGCUCGCUGUUGUCUCAAUGUGAGCUCAGACGAGACUCGGACAAAGUUGAAUGGUUGUGCAGUUGAUUUCAUCUCGUUCAGAGAGCAGUUUCACCGCUCGUAUGUCGCUAACAGCGCGGAGUUUGACCUCCGCCAUCUCUAUUUUCAGAAUGCAACAAAGCGGCAUGCGUACCUGAACUCAUUCUCCACAGUGGCACAGUCUGCCAAGUACGGCAUCAACCAGUUCUCUGACUUCUCACAGGAGGAAUUCAGAGAUCUGUACCUUCGAGCUAGUGCUGACAGAGCUCCUCUCUUCCCUGGACUGAAGACAGGGAAAACAGAGGGGCUUCCGGCCAAAUUUGACUGGAGGGACAAAGCGGUGGUGGCACCGGUCCAAAACCAACAAGCAUGUGGCAGUUGUUGGGCAUUCAGUGUGGUUGGUGCUGUGCAGUCCGUCCAUGCUAUUGAUGGCUCGCAGCUGGUGGAACUCAGUGUGCAGCAGGUUCUGGACUGCUCUUUUCAAAAUGAAGGCUGCAAUGGAGGCUCACCAGUCCAGGCUCUGAAAUGGUUGAAGCAAACCAAAAUGAAAUUGGUGCCUCAGUCAGAAUAUCCCUACAAGGCCAAGACAGGAAUCUGCCAUUUUUUCUCUCAGUCACAUGGCGUUGUUGCUGUGAAGAACUUCACUGCAUACGACUUCAGUGGUCAAGAGGAGGCCAUGAUGGGUCAUCUGGUGGAGCAUGGUCCCUUGGCUGCUAUUGUGGAUGCUGUCAGCUGGCAGGAUUACCUGGGUGGAAUAAUCCAACACCACUGCUCCAGCCAACGGUCUAACCAUGCUGUCCUGGUUGUUGGAUACAACACUACUGGUACAUGCUGUCACUACACUGGGGAUAUUCCGUACUGGAUUGUGCAAAACUCCUGGGGAACCACAUGGGGGAAUGAGGGUUAUGUUUAUAUAAAAAUCGGUGGCAACGUUUGCGGUAUUGCAGAUUCUGUGGCAGCAGUUUUUCUUUGACGAGUCUGUGUGUAUUGUUGUCCUUGUAUGUGUUUGUGCAUGUGUUCACUGCUGUCAAAUUUUAAAUGAUCUCUUUGCCUUCAAGUGUCACUUUAAAUAAUGUUUUUUAUUGAAAUGUCAACAUGUUACAUCACUAAAACAAAAUAAAUCACUUUACAUGCUGAUAAA